AUAUACCUAAAAAGAAAAACAGUCCUGAAGGUGCAACACGUCAGAUAUCAUCCUCCAACAAUACAUACUAGCACAACAAACUUAGCAUGAUGUCUCACUGGCAUUAUAGAUAGGAAGCACUUAUCAAAAGACACAAGAUAUGAAUAGCACAAAUGUUUGCAUGAGCAGAGGGGCCCAAUGAUAUAAUAAUGUGACAUUAAUGCACAGCAUUAUAUAUGAACUGCCAGUAAAGUAAUAUUGUAGGUGUGCAAAAACAGUACUUUGCAUCAUUCACACAGUGCCAGUAUGCAAAACCUAUAUCGACACUGUUAUGUUUUUUAGGGCCCAUCGGUGAUGGAAAACCUACAGAACUUAUUGAAGCCAGUUAUAAGUCGAUGCAAUGAAAAUUAGCUGAUAAUUGCAACAUUGUAUUCAUAAUAAGUUUGUUUAGCCCUCCUGAUGACACACACAUCUUUUUCAUCUAAGGAAACCUGACAUCACUGAUCAAUUCAGCCAAUGUUACUUAAUGCUUUAAAAGGGCCUAGUGCUCAAUGCUUACUGAUGAUGUGUGUUUGAUUAUUUUACUUUAAUUCAUUCAUUUGAGGAUGCCAACAGGACAUUGUCAUGUUGGUGCCGUCGGUUUCUAUCCAGCUGUCACUGAUGUUGAGUUGUAGUAUUCAGUGGACAGCAUUCUUUCGCACUCUUGGAAUUAUUUCCAAAAGCCUAGAAAUGAAUGCAAAUGAGUUUUCUUGCAAGCUUUUUGGUGCAUUUGAAUUCAAAUGCACAAAUUGGAGGCCUUGGACUUAAGUUGAAGAGCUCAAGCCCCCGCCAUCCCAACCACCCCCCGGCUACAACAAAACAAAUGUCCUUAGCUCAUUUUUUCCAAAAAUCACUACACUUCUAAUAUCACAUAGAACAAAUAUUUAUGUCUGUUUUACCAGCACUGUGCUCAUCUGUUUCUGCUCAGCUUGGAGAAAUCUUAGAGUACGGAGAUGUUUGUUCUCAUCUUCUGUCCACUUUGUAAAUCAUCUCAAAUGACCCUUUCUCUCAUAAAAGUUUCUUAGCUCAGGGUUUUUUUCAUUUAAUGUACUUACUCUAUUACUCUUUCCAAGUGAAGUGUAGUUCUGCAUUCAGUCCAAUUCAGUGGCUUCCAUGUCGACAUUUAUCUGACCUUAAUGGUCCGUGAUUGGGUUAUUGUGUCUCUUAAAUUCUUUAUAUAAACCUCAACACAGCACCACUGCCAUUACCAAGAGGCCUCACACAUAUCUGAUGCACCUUUUUUGUAUAGGCCUACUAUACACACUUCAAAACAUGGUACAUGACACAACUGAUGACUGGUGAGGUACUGUGAGGGCAGUGUAUAAACACCUUGAUGGUACCUCAUUUUCUUAUUUCCCUCAUGAACACAGAUAGGUUUUAAUUCGGUUGUCAUUUCAUUCUAACUCGAUGGGCCAGUGUGCAAACCAGUUGUAUCUGAUUCUGCUACUCACUCCAUAUUAGAAUGUAUACCAUAGAUAGAAUCUUACCCAUCAGGUUAACAACAGCUCUGAGGGAAGUUGUCAUUAUCUCUUGGUACUUGAAAUCCCAUGGACUAAACCCUCCUUUGAGCUGUAAGGUGCUGUGUUAUUUGUAGAGAGACAAGCACCUCUGCCUUGGGUGCAUACGCCAAAGUGGUUAUGUUUUUCGUUCUAUGUGACAUGUUUGUACAUGCAGAUAUGUGUGUGUGUGUGUUUAUACAUUUAUACACUUAAAGCCUUUACAACCAGAGUCAGUGGUUCAGUCAACCAGGGUCAUUUAAUGUCAGAGAAUAUGUUUUUUUUUCCCUUUGUCUUUUAUGUCCACUGGUAUCAUUAACCAAAGUCUGCAGAGUCUGUGAUCUUAGUGUCUCAGGCAUCAAUAUACCCUCAUGAAUGUUAUCUGUGGUGUGAUAUCUGUUUUUUUAAAGUGCAUUUAUGGAUGGGCUGACACAUUAUAUUAUGAACUUAAAAAAUACCCCAAUAUGUAGCCCUUCUAUUCACAGGAAGUUGUGAUUUAGCAAAUAGUAAUAACUUUUUACUAGACAUAUGUUUAUACAUUGCAUCCUCCUUUUUAAAAUCACAUCUGUACACAACAUGUGCCAAUAGAAGAUGAAUAGUCACACUUUGUAUGAUUAUAAGCUUUAAGUUGUCUGUAUAGUUGUUUAAUAUAUGAUAUGCUUAUUUGUAUGUGUGUGACAUUGGUGUGUAUUUAUAUUGUGCAAGGAUAAUGGGUGUGGGUUUAAUUUAAAAUGCUUGAAUUUUAAGCAAUCACAACAUUAAAAUGAAACUCUUGACAGGAUGAAAGCCAUGUACUCAUCAACACCCUCAUUAAAAUCUAAAAUCAGUUGAAAGCUGUUUUUUAAAUUGUUUUCUCUGAGACUCAAUGAGCGAGUUCAAUUGAUUGCACAGAAAUUCUGGCAUCUAAUGGUCAGUAUGAUAAACAGCAGUGUGUUGACUAUUCGAAAAAACGUUCAUUAAAUUAAUGGUCAACGUGCCUCUUCAAACAAUAUUUUUGUUAUAUCAAAUUAAGGUUCCGCCUCUAGGGAAUAAUGUCCGCAUAGUUCAACCCCCCCCCACCUCAGCCAUCCCUCCCUCUUAAAACCCCUUUGCACCUGAGAGACAAGGUGCAGCUGACGGACAAAACAAAGACAGCCACACAUGCGCAUCUUUAAACCAUGGAUAACUUAGGUUUUGUAUUGAAUAUGUCAGUUAUCUUAUCAAAUGACUCCGAAACGUCUUGCAAGUUGGAUAUUUGUACCAGUAAUUCGGGACCAUAUGAAUCUGCGUUACUAGUAGACGCCUGGCUUGUGCCACUCGUCUUUGUCAUUUUUAUGAUCUUUGGAGUCUGUGGAAACUCAUUAGUUCUUUAUGUUAUAUACAAGCAUAAGAAAAUGAGGAGUGCAACAAAUGUUUACAUUGGUAAGUCUGAAUUAAAUUAUUCAAAUAAUUUAGUGGCUACACUUUGAGCUAUAUGUUGCCUAUUUAUUUAUAUAACUGCUUGUAUUUCUUUAGCAAGCCUGGCCACAACGGACAUUGUUUUUCUGGUUUGCUGUAUACCAUUCACUGCAAUGCUUUAUCCUUUGCCAAGUUGGGUCUUUGGGAACUUAAUGUGCAAACUGGUCAGCUACAUCCAACAGGUGUCUGCCCAAGCCACGUGCGUAACACUGACCGUGAUGAGUGUGGACCGCUGGUACGCGACAGUGUAUCCCAUCCGUUCUUUGCAGUACCGAACGCCAAGGGUAGCUGCCGCAGUCAGCCUUGGCAUAUGGAUAGGGUCAUUUCUGCUGUCCGUUCCAGUGCCUUUGUACAGCAGAACUAUGGUUGAGGAAGAACAUGGCCCUCAGGUCUUCUGCACCGAGACCUUCCCUACUGCGAUGCACAUGAACAUUUUCAUCUUGUACAACUUUCUGGCUGUGUAUCUGCUCCCCCUGUUCACCAUCUGCAUCUGUUACUUGCUCAUGCUCCACCAAAUGGGCCGUUCCUCUGUUGAGCCCAUUGACAACAACUACCAGCUGCAGGUCCUGACUGAGCGCUCGGCGGCCUUUAGGGCCCGUCUGUCACUCAUGGUCCUGGUGAUGGUGCAGCUCUUCCUGCUGUGCUGGGGCCCCAUCCAGCUCUACAUCCUGGUGCGGGCGUUCAGCCCACACUUCCAGUACAACUACUGCACCUACAAGCUGAAGAUCUGGGCACACUGCAUGUCCUACCUUAACUCCUGCAUCAACCCUGUUGUAUAUGCCUUCAUGGGGGCCCAUUUCCGCAAGGCCUUUCGGAGGACCUUCCCCUGCCUGUUUAAGCAGCGUGUGGCUGCUGCCCCACCACCACCCAACAGGAAUGCACAUACUGAGAUGCAGUAUGUGUCAUAGGAUGCCUCUACGCAACUGCCAGCAUACGUGUUGAUGAUAAUGAUGACAAUGAUAAACUAAUGGGUCAGCAGCCCUCCUACACCUACAUGUAUUUUCCAAAGAUGUGAAUACCUAUGUGACCUUAGUGAA